AAUACUAGUUCAGUCACGUGAGCAGGUGUUUCUCAUGCCAUGGCUUCCCCAGUAGCUCUAAUUCAAGGUGCCAGCAGAGGUUUGGGGCUUGAAUUUUGCAAACAUGUAUUAAAGAAUAAAAGCCUCGCCUCGGUCAUAGCAACGUGUCGAAACCCAGAUGGAGCGGCAGAGCUGCGGGGCCUCGCCGAACAACACCGAGGCAGAGUCACGAUCCUCAAGCUGGACGUGAACCGGGAGGAGGACGUCCGCGGAGCAGCCGAGCGCGUGAAGGAGAACUUCGGCCGCGUGGAUCUGAUGGUGAACUCUGCGGCGAUGCUUCAUCCUAGCGGGAAAGGAGAAACUAGUCUGAGGGAUGUUUCUGCGCAGGGCAUCAUAACCACCUUGACCACCAACACCGUGGGCCCCCUGAUAAUGGCCAAAUAUUUUACCCCUCUCCUUCAGAAGGGCGGCGGUGCUUUUGGUCAGCAGCCUGCAGAGAAAGCGAAGCAGCACAGCGGCAUCAUCGUCAACAUCACGGCCAAAGUCGGAUCCAUUGGAGACAACGGACUUGGUGGUUGGUACAGCUACAGAAUGUCUAAAGCAGCUCUCAACAUGGCCACAAGGAAUUUAUCCAUAGAGCUGGGGCGCAGUCGACCUAAGGUGGUGUGUGUGUCCUUACACCCAGGAACAGUCAACACGGACCUUUCCCGGCCGUAUCACAAGAACGUGCCAAAUGACAAGCUGUUCAGUGCUGAACACUCUGUGAACUGUCUGAUGGCCAUCAUUAAUUCACUAAGCAUAGAAAAGACAGGAAAGGCGUACAACUGGGACGGAGCCGAGCUUCCUUGGUAGAAUCAUAAAGUGGGAUCAAAGAUGUGACUUCACCCUAGUGUGCCGAUUCUCUGAGCAGAUAAUGCUGAGAUAGGCAGGGAUUUUACUAUUGACACAACUACUACAAGUGCUUUACUGGAGGUUUUUGAAAGAAUAAUUAUCAGGUCACCAUCUCUACGUCUACACCAAAGUCAGUUCAGUCAAAAUUACUGUGAUCGUCAACAUUAAGGUCAACCUCUAAGAUAUAGGAACUCUAUAGAUUACUUGUGCUUCCAUUGUCAGCUAUAAACUGUUUUGGCACGAUGAACAAAUAUCCAGAAACUUUCAGAGUUCAAGAUCUCAAACCUAAACUGUUCAGAAAAGUCAAGAUCUAAACAAUUUAAGGCAAUUUCUGCAUAUUCUAGAACAAUUGUUCUUAAAUUUUGAUACAAAAACUAAUGGUAUUUUUGGUGCGUUAAGUGGAAAAAUUGGUGUAAUUUACAAUACAAAAUCAUGAUGGACAGAUUUUUUAUUUAGAAAACUAGAACCUCCUUCUUCCCAUAUAAAACAGGAGACUACAGUAAAUGCAUGCUGGAGGCUUCUUAUCAUAUGUCCCUUAAUAUUAAAAGUAAGAACUUAAAUUUGGGGGAGAUAAUCUUCAUCAAUCCAUGUUGUUGUUCUAGCCUGGAAACCCUUUGGUAUUAGUUCAUUUCUGGUUAUUUGGCUGAUGAUGUAAUGGCCGACUGCAUCUCUGCUUUCUGUACAUUAGAAGAACAUGUUCACAAAUAAAGGUUAUAUAAAAGUUUGUGUAUAAAUGACUCCCCCCAGAUCAAAACUGACAGAAGUACAAGUAGACUUUUUGUUACUUGCCUUAAUCAUUGGGAUUUCUUCCUUUUCAGUUUCAUUUCCCUUCCAUCUUCCUUGCUUAUGAAAUUGUAGUUCCUAGCCUUCUUCUUACAUGGGGAUCAAAGCUAUGAACAUUAAACCCUGCACAUAGGACACUUCCUAUGCAACUAUGACUGUUUUUAAGAUGAGUAUUGAGUUACUUUAACCUGAUAAUGUAGAACUACCUGUCAGAGUGGGGGGGCUCCAACUUUUUACUCAUUCAAACAACACCUUUGUUUACCUUCUGUUUAAAAUGAUAAAGUUACUUUUUUUUGCUUU